AUGAAAAUCCAUUAUACUAAUAUAUUAUUGUUUCCUCUAAAAUUAAAUAUAUUGGUAAAUACCCACCAAAAACCACACACCACAGCACGUCAUACACAAAAAAUACCAACCACAAGGUCAUUAAGCGAAUGUGAAUUGUAUGCACCUGUCAACUAUUAUAGUGACCCACAAAUGAAAGAAGUGAUGGAUAAUUUCAAUAAACAGACACAACAAAGAUUUCACGAAUAUGACGAAAGGGUGCAAAAUACACGCCAAAAAUGUAAAGAACAAUGUGAUAAAGAAAUCCAAAAAAUUAUUUUAAAAGAUAAAAUUGAAAAAGAAUUAAACGAAAAGUUUUCUGCGUUACACACGGAUAUACAAAGUGACGACAUUCCAACAUGUAUUUGCGAAAUGUCGAUGGCGGACAAAGUGGAAAAAGGAUGUUUGAGAUGUGUAGGUGUGUUUGGUGGUGGUAUUGCACCAAGUGUUGGUUUAUUAGGAGGAUUGGGUAUCUAUGUGUGGAAACCUGGGGCACUUAAGGUUGCUAUUACAGCAGCUCUAAAUGCAAAUUCUGUUAAGAUUGCGGCUGCCGCUAAUGCCGCAGGUGAAGCUAUGGGUGUUAAAACAGUUAUUGAAGGAUUAAAAGCAUUGAAUGUGCAUGGUUUAUGUCCUGAUUUAUUUGAAUCCAUUGGUACUAAGAUACAUUAUACUAAUGCCGAAGAGAUUGCUAAAAUUAUUGUUGCAAAAUAUAGGGCAACUUGUAAUUUGUCGACCGGUACAAGUAGUACUCAGGCUAUGUGCAAACAAUUUGAUUAUACUUUUGGUAUGCGUAUACGUCUAGGAAGUCCUGUUGAAUAUGGUCCUCCACCAGCUAGCGCUAUACCAGACACGGUAAAAAAAGUUGUUGCAGGAGCUGAACAAGCUGCUGAAGCCAAAGCUGCUAACGUGAGAACUACAAUAUCUUCUAAAAUCAUAACUGAAGAGACAGAUGUGAUAAAUACUAUAUAUAUGAGUAACCAGACUGCUAUUAUUGCCUCCAUCAUUGCAAUAGUGAUUAUAGUUUUAAUUAUGGUGAUAAUAUAUUUGAUUUUACGUUAUCGACGAAAAAAAAAAAUGAAGAAAAAACUCCAAUAUAUAAAAUUAUUAGAAGAAUAG